CGCCGUGUCUCUCGUCCAGCUGCGGUUGCCUUUCCUUUCCCCCCCCCUCGUCCUUCGCCUCCAGCGUCCCCUCUAGCAUACCCCGCUCAUGUCCACCACAGGCGAUAACGGAGCCCUCAUCGCCGUCGGUGUCCUCGUUGCUGCCCUGCAGAAGGGCAUCAAGGGAGGUGCCCUCGCCGAGAACCAACCCUCGGUCGCCAUCAGCCUGCUCGGUUACCAUGCUCCCGGAGUCGAGGAGAUCAUUCCCUCGGCCGACUGCGGCAUCUUCCAUCGCGGCCUCUCCAAAUUUGAGAGGCUCACAGUGCUGGGGUGGCUGAACGAGAGUGGCAUCCUGUGCAGCAUCCAUAAAAAACCGCCUCCGAUUUCAGACUCGUCCGAUGAGUCAGCGGAAAAAUUGAAAGCCGCCGAAAAUCAAAUGGGCAGAUGGGCCCAUGCUACCUUCGGUAUGCUCGGAUAUGUCCCAGAAGUGAAUCCGGAAGAAUCGAAGAAAAGCAGUAGCGCUCGUCAGGGGCAAGAGCCCCCGCUGUCUGCGGACCCAGCCACAGACACAAUCAUAAUCACCACCGCAGCCGCCACCCCAUCAGCUCCAGCUUCGGACAAAUCUGUCACGGAGUUCCUCAAGGGCCUCACAUCCGAUAACGAGAACAAGUAUAUGAUUUGCAAGUACAAGGAAAGCAUUCGGUCGCUGAGCCGCCAGGAGCUCAUCGAUCUGGUCGAGGGGCUUUGGGAGCGCGCCCUGGAUCAGUGCAAGGGGACGGCUGACAAAAAAAAGCAUCCUAUCGACGUCUGGGGCCAGCGCUUGGUCAGGGAUCUCUGCAACUGGGACGGCUCGGCCCAGAAGCCAACUUCCGAGCCUGACCUCGUUUGGAGAGCCAACAAGCGUGCCAUAUCGGCCUUGAGCUCCUCCAUCCUGUCCCUCAGCCGAGAUCAGAUCGCCGGGCUUGAUUCCAACUCAUACAAGGGCCUCAAGGAAAAACUCAUUCGUUGCUUAGUGACAGAUGAUGAUAGGACCACUUAUGCUCUUCCGACCCCGAGCGCGUCUCCGAUCCCUUCGUCCGCAUAUCUGUCUCCCCAGCUGCCACCGGAGACGCUCAGUCUCCCUCCGCCCCAACUGCCAAGCAUCCAAAACAGCAGCACACCGGGCGCUUUGAGGACAGAGACUCCUGAAGAUCGGGUUCUUCACAAGGUCAUUCAUGCUGGCGACAUCACCAGCUUUUCCAGUGAUCUCCUCCGUCACUAUACCGCCUACAAGGCGGCCAAACAUACCCUCAAGACCCUCGACCUUGCCACUGCUGCCAAGUCCCAGUCUGCCGCUGCUGCUGCCAAGUUCGAUCGCUACUGUGUCGUCUCCGGGUACAGCCGUGACUCGCUCUCCAAUCUCAUGACCUCGCUCGCCGUCCUCGAUACCGUCAACAACCUCAAGAGCGCCCACGCCGAACACAGCGGCGACGCCGGCCCGUUUUCAAUCAAGAGGACUUACGAGUGGUACGAGGGUGUCUUCAGAUCACUCAUCGAGAUCGUCAUUGCUGUUGUCCUCACGGCCGUUCUCGGAAUGGGUCCGCUUGUUUCCAUGAGCACCUCGCGCCUGCUGCUCGUCCGAGCCGGGUUCUUCCCAAAGGGUGCACCCUGCGCUGCCCACUUUAUCGAGGAAGCGGAGGUGUACUCUGUUGGAAGUGGACGCGACGAGUGGUGGGCCCUGAUCAAGGUCCGACCAGCAUGGAGGGCCAACCUCCAAAUCAUCGUGAUGUCAAUCAUCGAGGUUGCAGCAGUCAUCGUCGUGUGGGCCUUCACAAAGAACAAACAUGUCGCGAUCGGCUUCGAUUACGUGUGUAAGAAUCCGAGCUUCAACUUCUGGCUCCCUCAAGCGAUCGGCGGCAUCAUUGCGUUCUUCACCGUCAUUGUUGGCUGCGCGAUGAUUGCCCCCAAGUGGGUUCGUGAGAAACUCAAAGAUCUCUACUUCUACGAGGAAAAGCACACCAUUGCUGUCGAGGAUAACUCUCAAAAUAACGAAGCUGCCGACGACAAGGACAAACACGGUCAGACUAAACCCACUGAGCAGCCCCCUGUCCCCGAUGCCGCUGACCCUGCGUCCAAAACAUCUCCAGAGAACAAAGUCUACAGUCGGUCGAUUAAAAAGGACUACGACGGUCAGUCCAUUUACGAAGUUCUCUAUUGCAUCAUCUGCUGGAUCAUUGCCGGCGUCAUUGUCUACUUUGCCUUCUUCACCACCUACAAGUUCUACCAGGAUGUGUAUGAGUACUCAGCCCUGAUUUUGUGGGCCCUUGGCGAAGCCAUGAACCCCCACAUGCGCAAGGGACGCAACAUUGUCACCCACGAGGUGAUGGCGUACAUCAUGGUGUUUGUCAGUCUGCUCGUCGGCGCCAGCUGCGACUACCGUCCCGCUUCUACAACUCUGCUUCCUAAAUAACCUGGUAGCUUCCCCCCCCCCGAAACCCAGCUGUGUUACGAUAUCCGAGACUCCCUUUCUCUUGUCCUUUCUAUAGAGCUCGCUCUAAAAGCCCGGUGUCCUCCCUCUGACUGCUAUGCGCCAGCGACCAUACUCUUCCCUGGCUUUUUUCUUUCAUCUCCUGAAUGCUCAAUACAUGCUGUUAUAUGUUC